AUGGUGGCUGCCUUCCUGGCUUGUGAUGGAGAGUUUGGGGAAAGUGGCUUCUCUAGGGCCAGCAUCCAAGAACCGAGCACUGAAGACACAGCUGGCCCUGGGGUGGGGUGGGUGUGGGCUUGCAGACCUCAUGUCAUCCCCUUGCCUCUCCCCUGCAACACGGGUAUGUCUGUGUUUAGCAGGGAUGUCUCAUGGCGUGACAAACCAGAGGAUACAGAUCCCUGGAAUAUGUCUGAGUAAACAGGAAGGACAGGGGGCCCCACGCCCUUCAGGCCUCCUGAAUGAUGCCAGCCCAAUGUCCCCUAACCUCUAGUCUGGCCCUCCUGGUGCUGCUGGGCACAGCCAGAGCAGGCCCCUUCUCUCCACGGUCCAAUGUGACACUCUCAGCCCCACGGCCUCCUCCCCAGCCAGGGGGUCGCACAGUGGAAGCAGGAGGGGGAAGCCCCUCUUCUCAGCUUUAUGAGCACACAGUGGAAGGAGGGGAGAAGCAGGUGGUAUUCACCCACCGAAUUAACCUGCCCCCUUCUGCUGGCUGUGGCUGUACCCCGGGCAAUGAGCCGCCGGUCCCUGCUUCAGAGGUUCAGGCCCUGAGAGUCCGGCUGGAGAUCUUGGAGGAACUGGUGAAGGGGCUCAAGGAACAGUGCACUGGGGGAUGUUGUCCUGCUGCUGCCCAGGCUGGCACAGGCCAGACAGAUGUUCGUAGCCUCUGCAGCCUCCAUGGUGUGUUUGAUCUGAGCCGCUGUGCCUGUUCCUGCGAGCCAGGCUGGGGUGGACCCACCUGCUCUGACCCCGCAGACGCUGGGAUGUCCCCCACCUCCCCGCCCUCAGCCUCUGGGUCCUGCCCUGAUGACUGCAACGAUCAGGGUCGCUGUGUCCGCGGUCGCUGCGUGUGCUUCCCUGGCUACACCGGUCCCAGCUGUGGCUGGCCCUCCUGCCCUGGGGACUGCCAAGGCCGCGGGCGCUGCGUGCAGGGCGCGUGCGUGUGCCGGGCCGGUUUCACAGGCGACGACUGCGGCCAGCGCUCCUGCCCUCGGGGCUGCAGCCAGAGAGGGCGCUGCGAGAACGGGCGCUGCGUGUGCGAAACCGGCUACACUGGCGAGGACUGUGCGGUGAGGAGCUGCCCUCGAGGCUGCAGUCAGAGGGGGCGCUGCGAGAACGGGCGCUGCGUGUGCAACCCCGGCUACACUGGCGAGGACUGUGCAGUGAGGAGCUGCCCUCGAGGCUGCAGUCAGAGGGGGCGCUGCGAGAAAGGGCGCUGCGUGUGCGACCCCGGCUACACUGGCGAGGACUGCGGGGUGAGGAACUGCCCCUGGGACUGUGGCGAGGGCGGGCGCUGCGUGGACGGCCGUUGUGUGUGCUGGCCCGGGUACGCGGGCGAGGACUGCAGCACGCGAACGUGCCCGCGCGACUGCCGGGGCCGCGGGCGCUGCGAGGACGGCGAAUGCAUCUGCGACGUGGGCUACAGUGGAGACGAUUGCGGCGUGCGCAGCUGCCCUGGCGACUGCAACCAAAGGGGCCGCUGCGAGGAUGGCCGCUGCGUGUGCUGGCCGGGGUAUACCGGGCCUGACUGCGGCGCGCGCGCCUGCCCUCGCGACUGUAGGGGCCAUGGGCGCUGCGAGAAUGGUGUGUGUGUGUGCAACGCGGGCUACAGCGGCGAGGACUGUGGCGUGCGCAGCUGUCCCGGGGACUGUCGUGGUCGGGGCCGCUGUGAGAGUGGCCGCUGUGUGUGUUGGCCCGGGUACACUGGCCGAGACUGCGGCACGCGCGCCUGCCCUGGCGACUGUCGCGGGCGCGGGCGCUGCGUGGACGGCCGCUGCGUGUGCAACUCGGGCUUCACGGGCGAGGACUGCGGGAGCCGUCGGUGUCCCGGGGACUGCCGAGGGCACGGCCGCUGCGAGGAUGGCGUGUGCGUGUGCGACGCGGGCUAUUCGGGCGAGGACUGCAGCUCGCGCAGCUGCCCCGGGGACUGCCGAGGCCGCGGCCAGUGCCUGGAUGGGCGCUGCGUCUGCAACGACGACUACUCGGGCGAGGACUGCGGCGUGAGGCGGUGCCCGAGCGACUGCAGCCAACAUGGCGUGUGCCAGGACGGUGUGUGCACUUGCUGGGAGGGCUAUGCCGGCGAAGAUUGCGGCUUCCGCACCUGCCCCUCCAACUGCCACGGGCGCGGCCGCUGUGUGGACGGACGCUGCGUGUGCGACCCAGGCUACACUGGCCCUGCCUGCGCCACCCGCACCUGCCCAGCAGACUGCCGGGGCCGUGGGCGCUGUGUGCAGGGAGUGUGCGUUUGCCACGCGGGUUAUGGUGGCGAAGACUGCGGGCGGGAAGAGCCUCCGGCCAGCGCCUGCCCCGGGGGUUGCGGGCCCAGGGAACUGUGCCGCGCGGGUCAGUGUGUGUGUGUCGAAGGAUUCCAAGGCCCCGAUUGCGCCAUCCAGACGUGCCCUGGGGAAUGCCGUGGCCGGGGAGAGUGUCGCGAGGGUAGCUGCUUCUGCCAAGAAGGUUAUGCCGGGGAUGACUGCGGAGAAGAGGUGCCAACCAUUGAGGGAAUGAGAAUGCACCUCCUGGAGGAGACAACAGUUCGAACAGAGUGGACCCGGGCUCCUGGCCCUGUGGAUGCCUAUGAAAUUCAGUUCAUCCCCACGACAGAGGGGGUGAGUCCCCCAUUCACGGCCCGGGUGCCCAGCUCUGCUUCAGCCUAUGACCAGAGAGGAUUGGCUCCCGGUCAGGAGUACCAGGUCACGGUCCGUGCCCUUCGAGGGACCAGCUGGGGCCCUCCUGCCUCCAAGACCAUCACCACCAUGAUCGAUGGUCCCCAGGACCUCCGCGUGGUGGCUGUGACACCAACCACACUGGAGCUCAGCUGGCUGCGGCCCCAGGCCGAGGUGGACCGAUUUGUGGUGUCCUACGUCAGUGCCGGGAACCAGAGGGUGCGGCUAGAAGUGCUCCCUGACGCAGAUGGGACGCUGCUGACUGACCUGAUGCCAGGCGUGGAAUAUGUGGUGACUGUCACUGCAGAGCGGGGCCGGGCCAUUAGCUAUCCGACUUCUGUCAGGGCGAACACAGGGUCCUCACCCUCGGGCCUUUUGGGGGCUACCGAUGAGCCUCCUCCCUCAGGCCCCUCGACGACCCAAGGGGCCCGGGCCCCUCUCCUUCAGCAGCGCCCCCAGGAGCUGGGAGAGUUGAGGGUGCUGGGCAGAGACGAGACAGGGCGCCUCCACGUGGCCUGGACUGCCCAGCCCGACACCUUUGCCUACUUCCAGCUACAUCUGCGGGUGCCCGAGGGGCCGGGGGCUCAUGAGGAACUGCUGCCAGGGGAUGUCCGCCAGGCUCUGAUGCCCCCACCCCCUCCUGGAGCCCCCUACGAGCUGUCACUUCGAGGGGUCUCCCCCGGGGGCAAGCCCUCAGCCCCUAUCAUCUACCAAGGCAUUAUGGACAGGGAUGGGGAGAAGCCUGGGAAGUCCUCGGGCCCACCACGACUGGGCGAGCUGACAGUGACCGACUUGACCUCUGACUCCCUGCUUCUGCGCUGGACAGUUCCUGAGGGCGAGUUUGACUCCUUCAUGGUCCAGUACAAGGACAGGGAUGGGCCCCAGGUAGUGCCUGUGGAGGGGCCUCAGCGCUCAGCCCGCAUCACCUCCCUGGACCCUGGCCGCAAGUACAAAUUUGUCCUGUAUGGGCUCGUGGGCAAGAAGAGGCAUGGCCCCCUGAUGGCUGAAGCCAAGAUCUUGCUUCAGAGUGAUCCCAGCCCAGGGACCCCACCCCGCCUGGGAAAGCUCUGGGUGACAGACCCUACCUCAGACUCGCUGCACCUCUCCUGGACUGUCCCUGAGGGCCAGUUUGACUCCUUCAUGGUCCAAUUCAGGGACAGGGAUGGACGUCCCCAGGUGGUACCUGUGGAAGGGCCUGAGCGCUCAAUCAUCAUCUCCCCCCUGGACUCUGACCACAAGUAUAGAUUCACUCUAUUUGGGAUUGCCAACAAGAAGCGAUAUGGUCCCCUCAUGGCCGAUGGCACCACUGCCCCAGAGAGGAAAGAGGAGCCCCCCCAACCCGACUCACCCGAACAGCCUCUCCUGGGGGAACUGACGGUGACCGGCGUGACCCCAGACUCCCUACGCCUGUCAUGGACUGUGGCCCAGGGCCCCUUUGACUCCUUCGUGGUCCAGUACAAGGAUGCAGAGGGGCAGCCCCAGGCAGUACGCAUUAGUGGGGAUGAGAACGAGGUCACUGUCCCUGGCUUGGAGUCCGACCGGAAAUAUAAGAUGAACCUCUACGGGCUUCGUGGCAGGCAGCGUGUGGGGCCUGUGUCUGUGGUGGCCAAGACGGCCCCCCAGGAUGUUGUGGAUGAGACCCCUAGCCCCACAGAGUCCAGCAUGGAGACCCCAGAGCCCCCCGAGGAGCCACUUCUGGGAGAGCUGACAGUGACAGGAUCAUCCCCAGACUCGCUGAGCCUCUCCUGGACUGUCCCCCAGGGCCGCUUCGAUUCCUUCACCAUCCAGUACAAAGACAGAGAUGGGCGGCCCCAGGCAGUACGUGUCGAGGGCAAGGAGAGUGAGGUCACCGUGGGGGGCCUGGAGCCUGGGCGCAAGUACAAGAUGCACCUGUACGGCAUCCAUGAGGGGCAGCGCAUGGGUCCCGUGUCCACCAUGGGAGUGACAGCCCCACAACCAGAAGAAGAGAGCCCUGCAGCCACCAACACCCCCCUGGAGCCACGCCUGGGGGAGCUAACAGUGACAGAUGUGACUCCCAACUCUGUGGGCCUCUCGUGGACUGUCCCUGAGGGCCAGUUUGACUCCUUCGUGGUUCACUACAAGGAUAGAGAUGGACAGCCCCAGGUGGUGCCUGUGUCUGCAGACCAGCUUGAAGUCACAGUCCCCAACCUGGAGCCUGCAAGAAAAUACAAGAUGAACUUCUAUGGGCUACAUGGUCAGCAACGUGUUGGCCCCCUCUCUGUGAUAGCCAUGACGGCUCCCCUCCCACCAGCCCCAGCCACCUCCAAACCCCCUCUGGAGCCACGCCUGGGGGAGCUGACAGUGACGGAUGUGACUCCCGACUCCGUGGGCCUCUUGUGGACAGUCCCUGAGGGCAAAUUCGACUCCUUUGUGGUCCAGUACAAGGACAGGGACGGACAGCCCCAGGUAAUGCUGGCGUCUGCAGACCAGCGUGAGGUCACAGUCCCCGGCCUGGAGCCCUCCCGCAAGUACAAGUUCCUGCUGUUCGGGAUCUGGGAUGGGAAACGACUCAGCCCAGUCUCUGUGGAGGCAAGGACAGCUGCCCGAAGUGACACCAGCCCAGGGGCCCCACCCCGCCUCGGGGAGCUGUGGGUGGCAGACCCCACCCCAGACUCACUGCGCCUCUCCUGGACAGUCCCCGAGGGCCAGUUCGACUCUUUUGUGGUCCAGUUCAAGGACAAAGACGGGCCCCGGGUGGUGCCUGUGGAGGGCCAUGAGCGCUCAGUCACCAUUGCCCCUCUGGACGUGGGCCGAAAGUACAGAUUCCUCCUUUAUGGCCUCCUGGGCAAGAAGCGCCACGGCCCCCUCACUGCUGACGGCACUACGGAGUCCCAGAGUGCUGUGGAUGAUCCUGGAACAAAGCAUCCCCCAAAACCCCGUCUGGGAGAGGAGCUGCAGGUGACCAGUGUGACGCCGGAUUCCAUAGGCAUCUCAUGGAUGGUCUCUGAAGGCCAAUUUGACUCCUUUGUGGUCCAGUACAAGGACAGGGAUGGGCAGCCCCAGGUGGUGCCCGUGGAGGGCAGCCUCCGGGAGGUCAGCAUCUUGGGCCUGGACCCCGCCCGCAGGUACAAGCUACUGCUCUACGGGCAGCAUGACGGCAAGCGUGUGGGUCCCAUCUCGGCCAUCGCCGUGACUGCCCCUAGGGAAGAAGCGGAAACCUCUGCACCAGCCCCUCCUGCACCUGAGCCCCGCCUUGGGGAGCUGACGGUGGAGGAAGCCACACCACACACCCUGCAUCUCUCCUGGACAGUGAUUGAGGGAGAAUUUGACUCCUUCGAGGUCCAGUCCACAGAUAGAGAUGGGCAACUCCAAGUGGUCAGUAUAGGGAGUGACCAGAAUGACAUCACCCUCUCCGGCCUGGAAUCCGACCACAGAUACCUGGUGACCCUGUAUGGUUUCCAUGAUGGGAAGCGUGUGGGUUCUGCCCAUAUCGAGGCCCUGACAGUCCCACGGGAAGAGGAUGAUCAGCCCUCAGAACCUCCCACCAUGACCCCAGAGCCUCCCCUCAAGCCGCACCUGGGGGAACUGACUGUGACAGACGCCACCCCUGACUCCCUGAGCCUCUCCUGGACAGUCCCCGAGGGCCAGUUUGAUCACUUCCUGGUCCAGUACAGGAAUGGGGACGGGCAGCCCAAGGCAAUGUGGGUGCCAGGGCAUGAGGAUGGGGUCACUGUCUCAGGCCUGGAGCCAGACCACAAGUACAAGAUGAACCUGUAUGGCUUCCACGGUGGCCAGCGUGUGGGCCCCGUCUCUGUCACAGGGGUGACGGCUCCAGAAGAAGAGACCCCCGCCCCCACAGAGGUGGACGAGAUCCCCAGCCCCACAGAACUCAGCACAGAGUCCCUGGAGCCCCCUGAGGAGCCAGUUCUGGGAGAGCUGACGGUGACAGGAUCGUCCCCAGACUCUCUGAGCCUUUCCUGGACUGUCCCCCAGGGCCACUUCGACUCCUUCACCAUCCAGUACAAGGACAGGGAUGGGCAGCCCCAGGUGGUGCGUGUUGGAGGCGAGGAGAGUGAGGUCACCGUGGGGGACCUGGAGCCUGAGCACAAGUACAAGAUGCACCUGUACGGCCUCCACGAGGGGCAGCGCAUGGGCCCCGUAUCUGCCGUGGGAGUGACAG